AAAAACACUUUACACACACAAAAAUAUAUAUAUAAAAAUACAAAAUAAUAUCUUAGAUAACAUCGCCCUGUAUCUCUGUACCAACUCAAAAACACUUGCUUACAGAAAGAAAUCAAGAAAGCAAGCUACUUGAUUUGGAGUUGAUUUUUUAAAGUAAAAUUAUAAGUCUUGAUCUUGACAGUUUUCUGAAUAAUCUGAAUUGGUUUUUGAGACUAUUUAUUUGAAUUUGGAAAGAUAUUCUUUUUGGGUGGUUUAUCUUGUGGUUGAUGGUCAACACUUUUGACGAUUUUUUCUUUGAAAAACCGAAAUCAAGAUUCAAGAGUUAUUUCGGUAUUAAGUUUUGAGCAAGAAAAGACCAGAUGAUUAGUAGAGUCGGAAGUUACCUUUCUCAAAGUGUAUAUUCCGUUGCCACCCCGUUUCAUCCGUUUGGUGGUGCAGUUGACAUAAUUGUUGUCCAACAACAAGAUGGGUCUUUUAGAAGUACGCCUUGGUAUGUUAGGUUUGGGAAGUUUCAGGGUGUGCUUAAAGGGGCGGAAAAAAUUGUAAAAAUAGAAGUAAAUGGUGUAGUAGCUGAUUUCCAUAUGUAUCUUGAUAAUUCGGGUGAAGCUUACUUCAUUAAAGAAGUUGUCCCCGAGAAGGAUAUUGAUGUCAAAGGUGCUAGAGAAGAUGAUUUUGCCCCUGAGAAAAAAAAUAAUGCCGAGGUUCAGUUUCAAGAUGAACAUGCAGAGAGUACAGAAUCUGAUAGUGAAAAAAGAUUUUAUGAAUUUCAAGAUGAACAGACCCAAUCGUUAGAUGGGUCAAUUGAGUUGUCUGAUUUUGGAUCUAAUCGUUAUGAUAAUUUAGAAGGUGAUUUGGAAUCAACAAGUUCAGAGGUGGUUUUGUUCAGCAUUGAUGGUCAAAUUUUGUCAGCUCCGAUAACAUCGAUGGAGCAAAAUACAGAAAAUGUGCAACUGAGCACACCGCAGUUUCAUUUGGGACCUAUGGAAGGACCUGAAUUUGAAGGUGAUCUGGAUUUAAGCAAUGAAUCUACUUGGGCUCAAUAUUUAAGUGAUUUCAACAUAUCAAAAGAUAAAGGUACCGAAACUCGGAAUGUAGUGAACCUAGAGCGGGAAUUAUCUAUAAAAAGUGUCGCUGAAGAUACACCAAGUGAUACAAAGAAAGAGGAUGUUUUUAAGAGCUGUUUGGCAUUAAAUGAUUUGGGAAAGCUAGAAGAUGGCGGAGAAUGUGAAGUAGGUGUUGAAGAAUUACAAGUAGGCAAUGAAUGUGAAGGGGCUGAAAAUGUCGAGUCCUUGAAGUCAAAGGCUGAAACUGCGUCUACAGGUGUGACUUCGCAGGAUAUGGAACAGAAACUUUCUGAUGUUGCAAUUCUUAGUAAUCAAGAUCGUGAAGAAAUUGUAGGGGUUGAAGAUGCCGAAUCUGUUAAGUUAGAGGAUGAAACCGAGUCUACUCUGGUGAAUUUACUGGAUAUUGAACAAACACAUUCAGAUGUUGCUAUUGUUAGUAAUCAAGAUCAUGAAGAAUCUGAAAGGAUCGAAAAUAGUCCAAAAGGAUCAGAAAGUAGAGAUGAGUCCACCAUCUGUGUAACUGAGGAGUCUCAACUGUAUUCUGAUGAUAAUGAAAAGUUCAAUAGAUCAAGACCGACAAGGAUAGAGAUAUCUCUUUGUGGGAACUUGCUACGUCCUGGUAUGGGGUUGAGUACUGCUUCUGAAACGUUUAACGCCCACCGAAUACCCGAGGAAGAAUUUAGAAUUUCUGCUGCAUCGAUUAUUAAAAAUGACAGCUUAAUAGUCAGAAUUGAAGAUAAAUACUUUACAUGGGAAAAAGCUGCUCAUAUUGUUCUUGGGGUGGCUGUAUAUGGGUUAGAAAUGCAUGCCGAUCCCACAGAUGCGAUUCCUGUGGUGUGGAGUGGGCCCAAUGGUGACUCCGGGAUUCCAACAACUCCAUCUGGCCGUAGAUGGAGGCUUUGGCCCAUUGCCUUUAGAAGAACUAAGACACUUGACCAUAAUACUAGUAAUCUUUCGGGUGAAGAUGUUUUUCUCGACUCGGAAUCGGUUUUUGACUCCCCACAACCCGUAGAAGCGUCUCCGACAUCAUCCCAAUCCCCCCAGAAGCAAUUUCUAAGGACACAAGUUCCCACUAGUGAGCAAAUAUCAUCAUUAAAUUUAAAAGAUGGGCAGAACAUGGUGUCAUUUAUUUUUUCGACCAGAAUGUUAGGAGUUCAAAAGGUUGAUGCUCAUAUAUACUUGUGGAAGUGGAAUGCAAGAAUUGUGAUAUCAGAUGUUGAUGGGACGAUAACAAAGUCUGAUGUUCUUGGUCAGUUUAUGCCUUUAGUAGGGAAAGAUUGGACUCAAUCUGGGGUAGCCCGGCUCUUCUCUGCAAUUAAGGAAAACGGAUAUCAAUUAUUGUUUCUAAGUGCACGUGCAAUUGUUCAAGCAUAUCUCACGAGAAGUUUUCUCCUUAAUCUCAAGCAGGACGGGAAAGCUUUACCCAAUGGGCCGGUCGUCAUUUCACCUGAUGGCUUAUUUCCAUCAUUGUUUCGUGAAGUUAUUAGAAGAGCACCUCAUGAAUUCAAGAUUGCGUGUCUAGAAGACAUCAAAGCUCUUUUCCCAUCUGAUUACAAUCCGUUUUAUGCGGGUUUCGGGAACAGAGACACUGAUGAGCUUAGUUACAGAAAAAUAGGGAUUCCAAAGGGCAAAAUCUUCAUAAUUAACCCUAAGGGUGAGGUAGCCAUUAGUCAUCGUAUGGACAUGAAGGGGAAGUCUUACACCUCUUUGCACACGUUAGUCAACGACAUGUUCCCCCCGACAUCAAUGGUUGAGCAGGAAGAUUAUAACUCAUGGAAUUACUGGAGAGUGCCAUUGCCAGAUGUCGACUUGUAGUAGUUUUUCACACUGAAAAGAUUCUUGUUAAGCUAUCUUCAUUGGUAGAUUCAUCGUAGUUAACAUUGGUAGGCAUCAUUCAUGAGUAUAUAUUGUGAGUGAUGGAUCGAGUUUUUGGUUUACUAUCAAGCUCUCGGUUUUUUUCGCGUCCUUACUGGUAUAGUUAUGACAGCAUGGUGUCAAGGAUUGACUCAUGUGUUAAACCAAUCAGUUGGUUUCUGUUUGUAAAGCGACUUUAGUUAAGACAACUCGGGGUGAAACUGUUCAAAUCCCAUCAAUCAUAAGUGUACUCUAAAUAGGAUUACAAACAAGGUAGAUAUUGAUUCAUUUAUAAAGUAACAGUGGUAUCCCUUUUAUUAUUAUGUA